GAUCUAAGGCUUUUUCUAUGUACACAAAAGACCUAUUUUUCUCAAAUAUUGUUCACAAAUCUGUCUAAAUCUUUGUUAGUGAGCACUUCUCCUUUGCCGAGAUACUCCAUCCACCUCACAGGUGUGGCAUAUCAAGAUGCUGAUUAGACAGCAUGAUUAUUGCACAGGUGUGCCUUAGGCUGGCCACAAUAAAAGGCAUAACUUGUAGGUCUUACAGGUUUAGAAUGACAUGAGGGUGAGUAAUUACAGAAUUUUCAUUUUUGGGUGAACUAUCCCUUUAAGUAGAAUAUUAUAAACGUAUAAUAAUAAUAAAAUGUCAACAUUCGCUACUAUCCAGUCUCUGCUGUAGCUCCUGUGUCCUGAAUUCCCAGAAUGCAGUGCCGCUGUGACGACACAUUCCCAUUCUCUAUACUGAAAAACUCUGACAAGGCAAACUUCAGGAUGUCUAACAGCAUGAAUGUGUGUGUGUGUAUAUAUAUAUGCAUGUAUGUGUAUAUAUAUAUAUAUAUAAAAUAUGAUUAAUAUAUUUUCUGGGAAGCGCGGUUUAGGUUUUUGUCCAUCUGAGAACAAUAAACGGAAGAUUUAAUAACUGAAGGAUUUAAAUGUAUAUUAUAUUUAAAUUUGUUAAUUUUUAUUUAUUUCAUUUUAUUAUUCUUAGACAAAAACUUAAUUAUUUGAAAAAAGCAAAUCACAAUGACAGUUAAUUAAUAAUUAAUAAGUGUGUCUUGUGAAUUUAGGUAACAGCACCAAAAUAUGCAAAACAUCUUAUUCAGCUCUAUCUAGAUGAACAUGCUGACAUUCGAAUUUCCAUCUUUUUCUGACAUCAAUGAGCAAUUUGAUCCAGCUAAUGCAAACGGGGGACCAUGGUUGGGGACGGACCUUGGAGGUUCUGCAUGCCUAAGUCAACAGUCUGUUUUCAUGUCCACAAGAUCACUGCUCAAUUAAAAAAACAGUGAGGGAGGGUAAAGGCUUUGCGCGUUUGGCACAGCAUGAUGCCUUCAGUAAAGGUGCCAUUGAUGGGUGCAAAAUUUGGAUAAAACCACCAAAUACACACAAGGAAGACUAUUUUAAUUACAAACCGUUUCAUUCAAUCCAAAUGCAGGCUAUAUUUGAUGAUACAGGGCGUUCCAUAAAUGGUUUAAUUGGUUAUCCUGGAUCUGUUCACGACACAAGGAUUUUUAAAAACAAUUGUUGGAUCAUGAUUAUUUGUAGUUAGGGAUAUAAUAUUACAUACAACAAGAUUACUGUCUUAACAGCAGAGUUUAAAGGCUUUUUCUUUUUUGCAGCAGGUCUGUGCAUCCAUGUAUAAGAUGUAACAUACAUUGAAAUAACAGUACUGAUUGAUGUUAGUGUUGUAAAAAACACUAUGAUUUACAAGUUUACUUACAUUCUUGUAAUGUGUUAUAUUGGUUACUUCAGUACUGUUGCACUUUUUUGUUUAUCUCAAACACCAGUUAUUGAACAAUUAUUAAACAAUUGAAAAGUGAGACAGAAACUGCCUAUUAUUUUCAUAUAUGCUUUUCAUUUUGUCAACACAGAAUGUGUGUUUUAUUCUAUGGACAUUUCAAUGCACUGCGGGACUUUUAUUUUGGCGUGUCGCUGUGACGUCAUACGGCUGCUGCAUCUGUUGUGAUUCGGCUGAAGACAGGUUUGUGCUUUUAAGCAUUUAAAGUGUUUAAAUCAAUGCAACCCGUACGGGCUAUUAUUGUUUUUAAGAAGUGAUGUAAAAUAGCUUAAUUAUUAUUGCAUGUAACAUCGCGACGCUUUAUCUGACAUGUUUCAGCCGUACUUAUGUGAUUAAAGCCCAUCCACAGACGCGUCUCAUUUGGUGAAUGAGUUGAUAGUAAACACGAGUCGAGUCUCUGAGUGUCCAAACACACAGAAAGUAAAGCUACUGAGAUCCAUGUGAUGUAAAGAUGGCAUCUAUUAAAGAGGAGAGUGAAGACAUUAAGAUUGAAGAUGCAAUCGGCGUGAAACAAGAAGAUACCGAGGAACAAACAGACCUGAUGCCACUGAAAGAGGAGAGUGAAGUACUAGAUGAAAUGAAAGAAAAAGAUCAGUGUAAGAAACCUCAUGUUAUCGUAACUGAAGAAAUAUCUGAAAAGACUUCCUCACAAAAAAGUAAUUUCACCUGCCAACAGUGCGAAAAGUGUUUCGCUACAAAAGCAAACCUGAAACGCCACAUGGAUAUUCACACUGGAGAGAAGCCUUACACCUGCCAGCAGUGUGGAAAGUGUUUCAAUAAAAAAGGAACCCUUAAAGGCCACAUGAGCAUUCAUACUGGAGAAAAGCCCUACAUGUGCCCUCAGUGUGGAAACGGUUUCACCCAGCAAGGAAACUUUAACAGGCACAUGAGAGUUCACACUGGAGAGAAGCCUUACACCUGCAAACUGUGUGAAAGAAGCUUUACAACAAAACUAAACCUUGAGUAUCACACGAACAGUCACACCGGUGAGACGCCGUUUACAUGUGAUCAGUGUGGAAGGAGCUUCAGAUAUAAGGUAACCCUUAAAAGGCACAUGAAGGUUCACUUAAGAGAGAGCAGUUUUAAGUGUCAUCAGUGUGGAAUGAGUUUCUCAGACAGCAAAAACCUUACGAAUCAUGUGAUAACUCACACUGGAGAGGAACCAUACAUGUGCCUUCAAUGUGGAAAGACUUGCUCAAACAAUACAAACCUUGGUGUUCACAUGAGAAUUCACACUGGAGAGAAGCCUUUCACCUGCCCUGAGUGUGGAAAGAGCUUCAGAUUUAUAGGAAACUUUCAGACUCACAUCAGAGUUCACACUGGAGAGAGGCCUUACACCUGCCCUCAUUGUGGAAAGAGCUUCAGAUUUAUUGGAAAUUUUCAGACUCACAUGAGGGUUCACACUGGAGAGAAGCCUUACAUGUGUCUUGAGUGUGACGAGAGUUUCACAUAUCAGAGAGACCUGAAACAUCAUCUGCUAACUCACUCUGGAAAGGAAUUCUAGUGUUCCUCAGUGGCAAGAGGUUUACAAUGUAGAGCAAUUUCAAAAAUCACCUGUACAUUCAGUCUGGAGAAAGGCAAAUUUCUUGUGAAAUGAAAUUUGUCUCUGUAUGCUCAAUGGAUGACUUUGAAAUGGACAAGACGAUGAGCCAAGUUUUUAGAAGUUAAGAUUAGAUUAGACCACACCCUCUCCCGGUCGACUGAUAAAUCAAGAUCUGUUAAUUCACGAUUCCAGAUAGAUUUAAUAGAAAGAGACUUUGCAGUGUGAUCAUUAAGUUUACUAAGUAAUGCACACGCGAGACUCUGUUUGUGUUCUUUAGCCCUAUUCGAACGGGACUAAUUUAAUCUAAACAACGUUUGAGUUACAGGUCUUGUCACCCGAUGUCUGUGAUUACAAGUGCUGAUUCGGAUGAGACUAAUGUCUCUGUUUAUUACAGAGGUGAGAGGGUGUGUAAAACUAGUCCCGUAAAGGCUCUGCAAUUUAAAUGGGACCAGAAAAUACUAGUGAUGGCAUGAAAUUUCUGCAAGUUUCAAAUACUGAAUGGUUGUUAGAGAUGCUGUUUAAUUUUGAUUGUGUAGAGGUCAUUGAUAGGUCUUUGAUGUUUGAUUUAAGUUUAGUAUCUUAGAAUCAAAUUAUUAGAUAAACUCUUUGUUUUUGUGAAAUGGCAAUGUAAAAGAAAACAUAAAUAAAAGGACAUAAAACGAAUGAAAGA